GAGUACUGUCAAUGUCAAACUGUUAAAAAUAUAACCUAAAACGUAAACAAAAUUCCUCGUUUGCGCACGUGGGGAUUGGUCGUGUUUAUUUUAAAUUAAGAAGCAACAAACAAUCUAAUUAAUAAUGGGAAAAGUAAAGCAGGAACCAGUGGAGGGUAAUGAGCAAGCGGACACAUCAGUAAAAGGGGAACCACAAAAUUAUGACGAUAAAAUCGAACACUGCAGCGUUAUCGCCAAGCCAAUGGCACCGAAGAAACUAAGUAAAAAGAUAUAUAAACUGAUUAAGAAAUCAAGCAGUCAUAAAAAUUACAUUAGGAAUGGUCUUAAAAUUGUUCAAAAACAAUUAAGAUUAGGCGAGAAAGGAAUCGUUGUAUUCGCGGGUGAUAUAUCUCCGAUAGAAAUAAUGUGUCAUUUACCUGCCGUAUGUGAAGAGAAGGAUGUGCCCUACUGCUAUACUCCGAGUCGUAAAGACAUAGGUUCAGCAAUGGGAACAAUGCGUGGCUGUAUUAUGGUACUGAUAAAAGAACACGAAGAAUAUAAAGAUUUGUAUGAUGAGGUUAAAAGUGAAAUUAAAUAUUUAGGUCAUCCUUUAUAAGUUAGUUAUAAAAAAAAUUUAAACAUACAAAAUAAGGUUCAUUUUCUCUAAUAAAAGUAUACUUCAAAGAUAAAGACAUUAACAGAUAGAAAUUUGAUUGCAUUUUCAAUAAUAUUUCAAAAUAUUUUAUGAAGCCAUAGCCGGAGUUCAAUUUCUUGCUUGUUUCUCUAUAAAUUAAGUUUUUUGCUUAUUGUAAUUGUAUGUCAACAUCAGAGAACAACUCAUGCUUAUCUAGAUUCUACAUAAUUUCCAAACCUUAUAAUUGAUUUGGAAUCAUUUUUGAUAACCUCUCUAUCUCUUAAGGUGCCUCUCCAUUUAAUAGAGGUUGGUCAGCUCAGUGGACUUUUGCCAGCCUUGUAUUCAAGCAAAAUAAAUGUUCCACGCUGGUAAUAUCUAACCUAAAGCAUUGUUAAUCUUACUAAUUAAAAUAAACGCAGGAUCUUAAAUAUUAGGUUUGACUAAUCUAAUUACAAAAUAAUGUACUUUCAAAUAAUGUUAAUUCAUCUGCAGUUCCUCAAAUAUUUCAAAAUAUAAUACAUAUUACAAGGCUGGAAUAUCAUUUUUUGUGCUUAUUUUUUCAAUGAAUAUGUUUUAAGUUCGUUUUGGAUUUUGUUAGAACUAUCUUAAUGUUACUUUGUGAAAAUUCCAACUUAGUAAUUAUACUGUAAAUCAUUGGUCGUUUUGAAAAAGUUUCUAUAUAAUUAUAUCAUUUAACAAAACUCACUAAUAACUAAGUUUAACUUGAAAUUGUGUUAAAAAUCAAAUGAUUUGCCACAGAUUUUUUCAUUAUAUCAAAACAUGUAAGACCAAGAAAGCAUUGUAAAUAUUCUAAGACAAAUAAAUAUUCCA